UCUUACAACACUAACCAGGAAGAAACUGACUUGUUAUUUCUACUUUGUCAUACUGACAUUGUCUGGACAAAAUCAAUAAAGAAUCAGCGUUCAGUGGAGAACAAAAAGAAAAACUUUACAGAAGGAUUUUUGAGAAGUUUAUUUCUGAACACACAGCAGAUCUUUGUUAUUCUUGUGAUAUUUUUUAAAACCAUCGUUCAGAAAGUGAAAGUAAAGUUGCUGGAGCUUAAACUGUGAAAAUGGCUUCACUAAACGUAUCUGCAGACGAACUUUCUUGUCCCGUGUGCUGUGAAAUCUUCAAGACUCCUGUUCUUUUAUCAUGUAGUCACAGUGUCUGUAAAGAGUGUCUUCAGCAGUUCUGGAGAAUCAAGAAAACUCAGGAGUGUCCUGUCUGCAGGAGAAGAUCCUCCAGAGAUGAACCUCCAAAUAAUCUUGUGUUAAAAAACUUGUGUGAGUCAUUUCUGACGGAGAGAAAUGAGACACGUUCAUCAGGAUCUGAGGAGAUCUGCAGUUUACACAGUGAGAAACUCAAACUCUUCUGUCUGAAGGACAAACAGCCUGUGUGUGUAGUGUGUAUUAACUCACAAAAACAUGACAAUCACAAAUUCAGACCCAUCAGUGAAAUGGUUUCAUCAUAUAAGGCAGAGCUCAAUACAACACUGAAGUCCUUACAAGAGAAACUUCAACACAAUGAAAAAAAGAAAGGAGAGUUUGAGAAAACAGUUCAACACAUCAAGUCUCAAGCUGAGCACACAGAGCGUCAGAUUAAACAGCAGUUUAAGAGGCUUCGUCGGUUUCUCAGAGAUGAAGAAGCAGCUACAAUCACUGCACUGAGGGAGGAAGAGGAGCAGAAGAAGCAGAAGAUGAAGAAGAAGCUGGAGGAGAUGAACAGACACAUCUCAGCUCUUUCACACACAAUCAAAGACAUGGAGGAGAUGAUGAAAGCCAAUGAUGUCUGCUUUCUGAAGGAGUUUCCAGUCUCAAAGGAAAGAGUCCAGAGAUCACAGCCGGAUCCACAGAUGCCUUCUGGAGCUUUGAUUCAAGUGCCAUGUUACUUGGGCAACCUGCAGUUCAGAGUCUGCAAGAAGAUGCAGGACAUCAUCCAAUACACUCCUGUGAUUCUGGAUCCAAACACUGCAGAUCCAUUUCUCAUCCUGUCUGAUGAUCUGACCAGUGUGAGAAACAAUGGAUACUAUCAACCUGUUCCUGAUAAUCCAGAGAGAUUUGACUAUUAUGGCUGUGUUCUGGGUUCAGAGGGUUUUAACUCAGGAACACACCGCUGGGAUGUGGAUCUUAAAGAGUGUUCAGACUGGAAACUUGGAGUAACUACAGCAUUAAACCCGAGGAAGGGAAUGGGUUUCUAUGAGACUGAUGUCUGGAGUGUGGAGCAUGGGUGUGUUGUUGAAUCUGGUUUUCGUGUUGAACAGGAUCUUGAUCGUGUGAGAGUGUAUCUGGACUAUGACAGAGGAACGGUGUCAUUCUCUGAUCCUGUAACUCACACACAUCUACACACAUUCAUAACCACCUUCACUCGCCCACUCUUUCCAUUCUUCUGUUGUUGUUUUAGUUCUUACUCUCUGAGGAUCUUUCCAGUCGAUAAUCGUUACACCUAUAGGUCUGGAUCUUCCUGCUUUCGUCAUGUCUCCAAUAUUUAAUCCAGAUCACAUGACGAAGAGUACUGUUCGUCUGAAUAUCAUUCAAUUGUACUUCACAGUAAAUAAAUGUAUUUACGAUCAUUCCUAUAGCACGUAAAGCAGCAUUAGUCCUUAAAGGGAAGCUGGCGUUUUGAGUGGCAUUUGUAUAUACUGUCAUGCUAGUAACAUGCCACUGCAUUAGACAUCUUGCAGCAUUAAGAGGAUAGUUCACUCAAAAAUGAAAACUGACACUAAUUACCCUCACGUCAUUCCAAACCUGUAAGACUUUCAUUCGUCUUUGAAACACAAAGAUCUUUUUGAUGAAAUCUGAGAGCCUUUUGUCCCUCCAUUGACAGCUACGCAACUACCACUUUGACGCUUCAAAAGUUCAUAAAGUGAUUGUAAAACUAAUAUGAAUUGAACAGUUCAAUUACAAUUAUUGAAUUUUAAUGAAUUGUUAACAUGGUCUGAGUACUGUGAAAGUCUAUGAAAAGUGAGUUUUAGAUAAAAAAUUAUUAGGUAUUGAGUAUGAUUAACAGUAAUAUAAUUAUAUAAAGAUACAUGCUGAAUAAGAUAUUACUGAACUUGCUUUGAUACUUAUGUCAUUUUGAUGUGUGUUUUUAACAUUAACAAAGUUCAGGUUGAUGUUCAUUUAUGGUUCAUGUUUGAUCAUUUCACUUCCUAUUUGGAAUGAAAUAAGAAGAAAUUAAAAGAUGGCCAAUUUAUUCGUUUGGUCAUUUAGUUUAAUAAAACGGAAAAUGA